AUGCGUUGGGUCCACUUGCUGCUUCUCUGCCUCGCGCCGACGGCGGCGGCCCUCGUGCCAUACAAGGCCGAGCUCGCGCUCAACCUCGCGCUCUGCGGCAGCGACGUGGGCUACUCGACGGCUGCGAUCGCCAACGGCGACUUUUUUCACGCCGUCGACGACGACGCCGGCGCGGGUCACGGCCUUUCUGAAAAGCGUCAACUGCCGCGCACUCUUCGCUACCAAGGCGUCACGUUUGAGCAGUACGCCGCCACGCUGCUCCCGUCUAGUGCCGCAACCCCGACGACGCCCACGACGGUCAAGCCCAGCACGGCCAACUGCACCGACCAAAGCGCCAUAGCGGCAUUUGCAGCCAUUGAGGCCGAGCGAUCGCGGUUCCUCUCGCGCUGUGCGAUCGACAUGGGAGACAUCCCGGUCGCGUACCUCUACAACAAUACGCUCAAGCACAAAAUCACGGACACACAGUUUACGGCCUUUUUAGCCAGUUCCGACUGCGCGGCGGCCAUCGCGGUCGAGAAGAAGGCGUGGGGCGCAAUCGAGCCGCCCUGCGUCCUCUACGACGGUGCGCUGGCCUUCACGACAAAAGAGAUUAGCGCGUGGACAUUUACCGAGUACGCCGAGCGCUUCUACGAACGUAGCAUCCCCUCGACGACGUCGCCGGCGCCGAGAAGCACCACCGAGGUGCCACGCACCAGUACAAGCACGACCGCGGCGCCACGGCCAGUUGCCCAGUCGACCGCUGCACGAUACGAAACGACGAGCGCUCUUGUCGUCCUUGCCUUGGCUGCAUGGGGUUGCUAA